AUGAAGAAUUGGGAGGCAGUAUUUUCAGCAACUUCAACAAUAUACAUAAGCUGUAUUGGGUCGCACAGAGGAGUGGCACGGUGCUACCUGUUUGCAGCCAAACAGGAGCGGACUUUACAGCGCAGCUUUAGGGAAGCGCGCGUUCACAGCGCUGAGCUGCGCUUCACGGGCACCCGGGAGACACUUUCCAUCAACAACGCCACGGGUCUGGCAGGCGGCCCCUUCCUGCAGGUGCCGGUGGCUAUUCCGGGAGCGCUGGGGCGGCGCGGGCCCCCCUCCCGCCGGGCUCUGCGGGCACCGCCGCGCCACGCGGCCUCACGCACGGGGGCGGCGCGGCGCGGCCCGGCCCGGGCUCCCGGGGCGGCCGCGGGGCGGAGGCCGCGCUCUGACGGCACCGGGGAGCGGGGGGGGCGGGCGCGUUCCCGCAGGCGCGCCCCCGCGGGCGGCGGGCACGCGCUCCCGCCGGUGACGCGGCGCUCCCGGCCCGGCCGCGCCGCCGCCCUCGCCCCCCCCCCGCACCCCCCGCCCGCGCACGCGCCACCGCCCGCACGUGCGCCGGCAGGUGCGCGGCGGCGCCCCCGCCCCCCCCCCGGGAGCCCCCCCCGCGCCCGGCGGGGCCCGGCCGCCGCUCCGGACGGGGCUGGGGGGGAAACGGCGGCUCCGCGGCCGCCGGUACGGCGGGGCGCAUCCGGCGGGCAGGGCGGGGAAGGGGCCUGUCUCUUUAAGAAGAGGCCCGGCUGCUGCGGCCGCCGGUCGGCGCGGGGGGUGAAGCCGCGGCCUGCCCAGCCGGCGCCCCCAGUGCCGCCUCCAGUAGCCCCGGCCCGGCGUGCCCUUGCGCGGUGGCCGCGGUGGCUCACCUGGGUAGCGGGCCCGGCGGCGACGCGGCGGCGGCGGCGGGGGGCUGGGGGUGUCUCCGGGGCUCGCUCCCCCGCUUGCUCCACCCGGCCUCUCGCCCCGCGUUGCCGGGGCUGGCGUUGCCUGUCUCCUGCCGCGGGGCGCUCCCGGCUCCUGCCUCGCCAAGAUGGCGCCCGCGCUGGUGCUGAGGAGGAGGCGGCGGCUGCGGGCGCUGGGACGGCGGCGGCGGCCACUUUCGCUCACUGAGAGGAGAGGAGCAGGGACACGGGGAGCCAUGGCGGGGGGGAGGAGAGGCGCCAUGCCCAGGCCUGAUCAAUCGAUCCCCGCAUGCCUCUCCGCCGCCCCGGCCCCGCGCCUGGGCCCCCCCGCCCCGUCCGCGCCGCCGUGGCCGCCGCACGGACCCCACGCCCGCACCGCGGGGCUCGGCCCCGCAGGGACCCCGCGGGGGGCCCUUCCUCAUCGAUGCGCUCCUGCGGCCGAUUGGUAGGGUCUGGCGGUGACGGAAAUUGCCGAAGGGACUCGGCCAGACGGCCGGGUGAGCCAGCGAGUCUCGCGCGAGGCGGGGCGGGGUCUCGCGAUGCUGGCGCGGGGAGGCGGGUGCGUCCCGGAAGUGACGCGCGCUCGCCCUUGAGGCGGCGCGGGGCCGCUCGCUGCCGGCGCGGCGGGAGCCCGGCCCGGCCCGGCCCGGGUGCGUGCCGCCGAGGCCGCCCGCCGCAGCCAGGCGCCUUGUGCCGGCCUGGCAGCCCCCGCAGAUGACGAGAGCGGUGAGGGGCUGGCGGCGCUGGACGCGGGGCGCUGUCAGGGUUAACACGUGCGGGCAUUCGUGGGGCUCCGUGCCUGCUGCCGCUUCGCUCUGUCAUGCGCUGGGAGCUGCAGUGGAGCAGCUCCGGAGGAAAUAGGCCUGAAGGUUAUUGCGAACAUAGCCGUAAACGCGGUGUGGCCAUCAGGUGUUCAGCACCGCUGCCUCCCAAAACCCAUUAACCAGCACACUUAGAGCAAAUCCUUAAGUGGGUGAUUAAGCCAGAUCACCUUCUGCACAGCGCUAAAAAUCGGUGUUUCAUACUAAGCUGUGUCACUCCAGCGCUCAGGAGGUACCAGUGUCCUGGUUUGGGCUAGAAGGAGUUAAUUCCUCAGCGGCUGGGACAGUACUGAGUUUUGCAUGCAGAAUAAAAAACCUGAUGUUUUGAGUUUCACUAAAUCGAGUUUAUCCUAAGUCAGAGACUUGUCCUGUCUCAUCCUCUGCCACUGAGAGGGAAAUCUUGAGGGUGCACAGCCAGGACGGCUGACCUGAACUGAGCAGAGGGAUAUUCCAUACCACAGGACAUCAUGCCCAGUAUAACCGAGGGCAGCUGCUUGGAAAUGAGGCCGAUCUGGAAUUAGCAUAGGUACUGCAUCAACAAGAAUGCUGCAUUAUCUCUUUUGGCUGCUGUGGACCACUGGCAAUACUUUACUGUUGCUCGUAAAUCAGACACAGGCACAUGCAAUGAUGCAGAAGUCUGAAAUCAAGCACUCCUGAAUAUGUUGAAGACCACGAGGAUGAUCUGACCCUAGUAGGAGCUCAUUUAGUCAGAAAGUGAUUCUGGUAUUUUGCCACUCCACAUUUGAAGUUUAAAUAUGUAUUGCAAGCAGAUUUCAAAUAAAGUAGAAGAAACUUUUUAUUUGUGUGAUCUACCCACAAGAUAUAGAAACAACAGAAAAU